CAACGUAGAUUGAUUUUAAUUGCCUCGCCUGCAAAACAAUCAUUUAUUCGCUUCUACGGGACAAAACUGAAGAAGAAAACGAAUAUUUUCUGAAAAUGUUUCGCACGAGUGUUGUCGUCGUGUUUAUGGUCGGUUUGAUGCUGGUAGCUGUAACAAAAGAAGAAAAGGGAACCUUUGAUGACCAGGACGUUCAGAAGAGAUCGAAACGUCCGCUCAUGAUAACAGCUCGAUCCUGCCUUGACCACCUCAAGAAUGGCAAAACCAAGUCUAACUACUACCCGAUAGUCACGCCGAAAGGAAGUCAGAUGGUGUACUGUGACCUUGAAAGUGAACGUGGCUCUGCCUGGACGCUGGUGUUGUCGUAUUCGGCAAGGUAUCGUAACAAGAAAAACAUCGCCCCUUUUAAGUACGGUUUGACAAGAGACCUCCCGGUCAAUAGCAAGAGCCCUAACUUCAACAUGUACCGUAUGAGCCAUGCCCAGAUGAAGAACAUCCAGUCCCAGUCCACCCACUGGCGAGUCACGUGCAAUAACCAUGUUGACUAUCGUGAUUAUGUACGUGUCAAGUUUCGUGACCUGGAUCCCUUGAAAUUCAUUGGUGGAGCUCAAUGCAAGAAAGUCGAAUACAUUAACGUCAGAGGCCACGUAGGGAUUGGUGUUACAGCAGCUUUCUGGCAAUAUUAUCAUGAAAUGCUUCACCAUGACUCUGAUGUCAAUUCAUGCCAGUUUGGUAGAAGCGUCGGUGCAGUGGGUAGUGAAGACAACUUUGGGCUUUACAAGAGCAUCAAUAGAAAGUUCCGCUGUACUCGUGACGACUCAAGCACUACUAAUACUUGGUUUGGCGGAUAUUUGUAAGAAUACUUUGCUGUAAGAGACACCUCUUUUGCUUUAACUCUUUUUACCCUUACUUAUUUAAGGUGUGAACAUUAGGUAGGCACAUGAUUGUUGCGAUCUACACUCCUCAGUACAAUGAACAAUUCACUUCACAAGAAAUAUUUUUUCCAAAACACGUAGGUAUCUCAUUCAGCAAUCAUUUAAACACGGAAUACUGAACAAACAAAGCGUUUUAAGCAUAACUUUCUAAAUUAAUAGUUAACUGCACUAAUUUAAGAAGACGGGUAGCUAGGGCGAGGGACAGGGAGCCCGCCACUAAGAACGGCUGCAAGGAGACUAGUCCAUAGCGUAAGGUUAAAAUAAUGAUGGGAAACAGCUGUAAACUAAGGCUAAAAUAAACGACCAUUGAAAAUGUA